GAAGUGGUUUGUGCGGCGCCGUUUGGUAGUGUUCUCGGUUUUAAAAUUAUGUCUCGAGAUGAAUUCCGAGUCUCUGCCGUUUGUGCUGACCAAGAGCGUGCUCUGUGAGUCUUUUCCAAGCCGCUCCAAUGCGAAAUCCGGAAGCCGAGGUGUCAUUUCUUACUUGUGCCGGAUGCGGGUAUCUGGAAAGCGAUUUGAGACUGUCUCCACUCAUCGGAUGGCCGGUCCAUCGCUUCCCCCUGAAUCAGUCGAGCGUUCAGCCGUGAAUGUCCAGGUUGGAUCUCGUGACGGGCUGAUAGAGCGGCAGCUAGCGUCGCUAGGGGUCGAGGAGGCCAACACGAUUACCAAGUGCUGCGUGCCCGGAGAGCUGAACGAGUACGAAUGGACAAUCGCUCGAUAUGAAUGGAUACUGCUCAUAGCGAAAGAAACCACACAAAAGCGAGGAACGGGCAAGGUCUCACAGCGUGGCAUGGCGGCGAGGCGACCCGGCGGGGGCUCGUUCCAUGCGGUGAACGGAGGCGAGGCGUACCGGUGCGGCUCGUGCAGCUACGUGACCCAGCGCAGGGGAAACAUGGUGACCCACCAGCGCACCCACACCGGGGAGCGCCCCUUCAGCUGCCCCCACUGCCCCUCCGAGUUUGCCGUCAAGUGCACCCUCAAGCGGCACCUGCUGACCCACUCGGCCCAGCGGGCCUUCGCCUGCUCCCUGUGCCUGGACAGUUUCCCCUCCCGGGAAGAGCUGGCCCGCCACGCUCAGGGCCACGCGGGGCAGCGCCACUUCCAGUGCCAGUUCUGCCCCCGCAGCUUCGGCCGCAGGGACGGCCUGCUCGCCCACCACUGCUCCCAUGCCGGCCGGAGGGUGCACCGCUGCGGCCGCUGCAGCAGGCUCUUCAGCCGCAACGACGACCUGGUGGCGCACCUGGCCACCCACGCGGAGCGGCCCUGAGUGCAUUCCUUGGAACCUGUCCGUCUGGCGUCCAAAGCGAUCCCCAAAUGGCAACCAGCCGCGUCGCGGGCCAGUCACGCCGUCGGCUGUCGCUGUCCCCGGUGGUCCCUCCUAGAAGUUUCGGUACGGCGUCUGGUACGCGUCUCCAAUGGUGUCUUAAAAGGCUGCUCUCUCCACUUCCACCAGGCAAUGUCGUAGAAGCGUUGCGUCGCCGUCGGCUGCAAUCCCGGUAGAUGUGGCAGACGCCUGUUCUGCUUCCAGUUGCCCUCCCGCUCGACAUUCCGCCGAACACAUCGGUCCGAGACACGUUUUAGGUUAUGGCAAAAAGCUCGAGCAAACGCGAGUGUCGCCGUCGUUGCAACGUACCAACUCUCGGCUGCCGUAUAUUCCGCGGACGGUCGAACCAAAGAACGACCCGAAACGUACGCUUUAAGUGUACGCGUCUGUUUUGUAGAGGUACAAGACUCGUACGCUUUACUGCGUGGACUUGGGUUUAGUCGCGCAGCCCGAACGACGACAGAAUGGCCGCGACGCACUGGACAGGCACGCUCGGCUUUGUGGGUGGGAGGACGUCGUUCCACUUGGGCUCCACCGUGCAAUCUUUUGCCGGGAACGACUGCAGCAUUGGGUCGUAAGUGUGCCUGGCCUAAGCGGGUGCGCAAUGCCCCGUGCCGACAAAUAAAAGAUGUAAGCCCCCUUACGCCU